AAAUUCUUAAUUGACCUCCUAACGACCUCUCUCGGUGGUGCUUACGGUCACUUCUCUGAUGUUGACAUCGGCCUCGUUCGUAUCUUGCUGCAGGGUAUGUUUUAAUUCGCGUUCACACGGCUUUUCAGUGGCAUCUCUAUUUCUGAGCCAUACUUGCCAGCUUAUGGUCAAGUGUUGUACAUGAUAUACAUGAUUUUUUGUUUUUUUGUUCUCGGUAGUCGUUUGCGCGGCUAAGCUAGCCUUAACAUAGCUAUAAUGACUUGGAUAUAAAUUAUUAAUUGUCUCAAGACGUAAGAGUACAGUGAAGGCGAGGGGCUCAGUGUAUCAGCCAAGGUCAGAUAAGCUCGUUAUCGUUAGUUUGUUAUGUUCGCUGUCAGUACAGAGCAUAUUGUGGCAAUGGACCGCUUUCUUUUCACAUGUUUUCGGUUGUAGUGAUAGCAUCACGAGCCUGUUGAAUAUUGUAGUUGCUGAACGUCAGAUCAUCUAUAAACAUGGCCUGUGAUAUCGGUGAUUUAGAAAGCAUUGAUCUUGGUUCUCUCGCCAUUGGGGCAAGCAACGUCAGUGUCCGUCGUCAGCGACCAAUGCGGCAAAACUUGGCCAUCCCAGGUCGCGCCAUGAGGUGUUCAGCCGUCAAUUCAUAUCAAGCAAUGCCCAUGCCGCCACUGGACUUUAACGAGGGAAAUCAUAGGACGGACCAGAUGUGCAGUUCAAACGUUCACCCCAACCCAGUUGCGCAAGUCGCCACAAAACCAGCACCACAGCAAGGCUAUUGUCCGAUGGAUGCACAGACUUCUCCUAUGUCCGCACUUGGAUUUCUAACCAACAAAACGAUCGAGCGUUUCUUUCCUCAGCAGAUUGAUGCGAAACUUUUCAACUGUGCGAAUCAAUUCAUAAACAAUACCGGAACAUCGAACAAUAUGCCGGCGGUGCGGCAACAUAGUAUGAACAAUACCCCAGCAUAUCCUGCCAUGUCCAACCAGAAUAAAUUCCCAUCCGAACGUGCUUACCAUAGGAACUUCUACCACCAACCACACCAACAUGCAUCAAACAAUACCAUGGACACGGCAAUGUUUCACCAGCGUGCUUUCCCACAUCCCAAUGCCUCGAAUCAUCCUUGUGUUAAAAUGGAGUGGAAUGGAUUCAAUCCAGACCAUCAGCUUCCUGUUUUCGACAAUUAUUCCAAACCACUUAUGCCUAUGCAGCUAUAUGGAGGACGUGAGAGAAAUCCCAUUGAGAGCUCGGUGUCGCCUACUAGUGUUGGUCUCAACAACCACACAGGGGAAAAAUGUAGGGCUUCUCCCGACAGCGUCGGCCUCUCAUCCACUGGCAGCAGUUACUCUGGUUCGGAAUCCGAUGGUCUUCACCCCGGCCAAUGUCCGCCCUCCCCACCCCCACCACCUCGUAUAUACAAACCCUGUUUUGUAUGUGGAGACAAAUCAUCUGGUUAUCAUUACGGAGUGGCAUCUUGCGAGGGUUGCAAGGGCUUCUUUCGACGUAGUGUGCAGAAGAACAUGCAGUAUACUUGUCAUCGUAACAAACAAUGUCUCAUCAACAAGUCUACAAGGAGCCGAUGUCAGUAUUGCCGCUUGCAGAAAUGCAUCCAAGCUGGGAUGCUACGUGAAUCGGUCAGAAACGAUCGUAACAAGAAGCGUGGAAAGGAAAAGGAAGGAAAGUCGGAUCAGAAUGGAGUUGACGAGCCUUCGUGUUCACCUGAAAUCGAAGCGUUAGUUACAUCUGUUCAUAAAUUUCAUGUUGAAACUUUUCCACUCAGCUCAGAAUUAAAGAAAUAUCAAAUUCCUUCCCCGCCGAUUGUGAAAGACACUAGUGCGAAGACGGACAGCAACUUAUGGGAGAAAUUCGCUGAACUAUCCACCAAAUGUAUUGUGAAGAUAGUAGAGUUCGCUAAGGGGAUCCCAGGGUUCCAGGACUUCACAAUAGCUGACCAAAUUACGCUGUUGAAAUGCGCUUGCCUAGAAGUGCUGUUUCUUCGAAUUUGCUCACGGUUUUCACCAGAGCACGACACGAUGACUUUCUCGGAUGGCCUCACACUUACACGCAAACAAAUGAGGGUGUGCGGGUUCGGACCAAUUACGGAACAGGUUUUCUCGUUCGCACAAUCUUUGCAUCCGUUAAACGCUGACGCCACAGAAAUCGGCUUGCUCAGUGCUAUUUGUCUCGUAUCCGCAGAUCGAGUUGACCUCGAGGAGCCCGACAAAGUUGAGUUGCUGCAAGAGUCUUUGGUCGAAGGUUUGAAAUAUUAUGCUCGGAAAAGAAGGCCGCACACGCCACAAGUUUUUCCAAAACUUAUAAUUAAAAUCUCAGACCUUCGAAGCAUCAGCUUGAAAGGCGCUGACAGAGUAGUAACUGUAAAAACCGAGAUUCCGUGCGGAGCCAUGCCACCCCUUAUGUCCGAGAUGUUGGAAAACGACGAGGUCGAAUAAGAUGCUCUCGUGAUUACGUCACAAAUCCAAUUCAUUCAUAAUAAUAGUGUUAAUUAUGUUGUGCAAUUCGCUUAUUGUGGUAAGCGUCUUUGCACACCAAGCAUCACAAUUUUAUUUGUGACGUCACAUUCAUGGGGUGUCAGCCUUCUUGCCAUUGUAAAAAAUAAACUUAUAUCGUGUAUGACGUCACAGUAGUACCCGAAGCGGCCGUUUUGAGGUAUCUCACUUCGAAUUCGCGAAGCAUUAUUUAUAGCUUCAUUUCGUUAAAUUUUGUGAUUUUUUUGUUCAAAGUUCAGAUGAUGUGAAUUACAUUCACUCUGGAAAACUACCAGUUUAAUUUUGAAAUAUUUUAUCUGUAAAGUGCCUUUUGCCGACGGAAAUUCAGUGUUAGGUCAUUUUUAAUUCGAACCCACAAUUUUUUAUUUUACUUUUUACCCAGAAAAACUUUUAUCACGAUAUCCGUUUUAUAGAAGCGUUUUAUCGUUUUUGAACCACAAAUUUUAGUCUGACCGUCUGUAGCACAUCUGUGUUGUUUUCGUAAAUUGCCGUGGUCAUAGUACAGAACUACUGGCAUUGCUGUGCGUAAAGUAUGAGAAACUGGCAAACUGUGCAUUACAAUAUUCUAUAUACUUGCCUAUGCGUCGGAUUGCUCGUAAUAAAGUGUAAUAAUUUCA